ACACAAGGCUAGCGCGCACUUCAGGACAGCUCACCCGCGCCUAGCUCUGGUCCAGGGCCUAGUACGUGUUUCUUAUUAAUCAUGUAAGAACGGGCACUACGCCCUGGACUAGAGCUAACCCACUCAUUGGGAGCCUACUGGAGAGGGUUGAGCUAAAACGGAGGUCCAUAAUUUGAGUCAUCUGUUUCCACUGCUGAGUUCGCAGCUCUGGUCUGCUGCUCACUAGCCGUCUUCGGGUGGAUGUAGGCAGCCCUUAGGAGACUUUCUAUCAGCGAAAAAUACGUAAUAUGAGUUUAGUAGAAUAUAUAGUGUUCUACCGCAACCUAUUGACGAAUUGGAGUUUACUUUUCGCAAUUUCAGUGCACGUGCAAGCUGUUUGACGUUUAAGCCUUUCCAUGGAGAAGCCCCUCUUCACUCUACUCUACAUCUGUAUGUGAGAGAGAGAGAGAGAGAGAGAGAGAGAGAGAGAGAGAGAGAGAGAGAGAGAGAGAGAGAGAGAGAGAGAGAGAGAGUGUUUCUGUGUAUUUGUCCUGUCUGAGUGUGAUUGUCUGCCUAUGAUUGUUGGAGCGUGUGCGACUGGGUCUCUUUUGUGUGUGAUUGUUUGAUUGUGUGUGUGUCUAUGUAUAUCCCUACCACCCCGUAACUUCCACUUGAAGAACAUGUUGCCACCUGUGAGGAGAGACCGCAUCAUCGCUCAGCUUCCAGAGUGUUUUACCCCAGCUGCAGCGCUACACACUAAAGAUGUCUUCCACUCACAGGUCAAGACUGCCUGUCAGGGGCAAAAGACGGGCGCAGUGGGCUUUAACAUCGCCAAGGUGAUUGUGGUAGGGGAUGUGGCAGUUGGGAAGACAUGUCUAAUCAGCAGGUUCUGUAAGGACUCGUUUGAUAAGAACUAUAAGGCCACCAUCGGAGUAGAUUUUGAGAUGGAGCGGUUUGAGGUGUUGGGGGUGCCCUUCAGUUUACAGCUAUGGGACACAGCGGGUCAGGAGAGGUUCAAGUGCAUAGCCUCCACAUAUUACAGAGGAGCACAAGCCAUCAUAGUGGUAUUUGACCUGAGCUGUGUCACCUCUCUGGACAACGCCAGGCAGUGGCUGGAGGAUGCUAUGAAGGAGAACGAUCCCUCCAGUGUUCUGCUGUUCCUGGUCGGAACCAAGAAGGACCUCAGUUCUCCUGAUCAGUUGGCCUACAUGGAGCUGGAGGCCAUUAGACUGUCAGAGGAGAUCAGAGCAGAGUACUGGACUGUGUCUGCUAAGUCAGGGGAGAGUAUCAGGGAGUUUUUCUUCCGGGUAGCGUCUCUAACCUUUGAGGCCAACGUGCUGGCAGAGCUCGAGAAGAGUGGGUCCAGACGUGUUGGUGACAUUAUCAGAAUCACCGAGAGCACAGAAGAAGAGUACAAACCAACCAAGAGAAAAGCAACCUGCUGCUGAUGGGGAAGGAUACACUUCACUACACAGGACAACACUACACAGGACAACACUACACAGGACAACACUGGACAACACUACACAGGACAACACUACACAGGACAACACUACACAGGACAACACUACACAGGACAACACUACACAGGACUACACUACACAGGACAACACUACGCAGGACAACAUUACACAGGACAAUACAAGACAACACCCCACAAGACAACACCCCACAAGACAACACCCCACAAGACAACACCCCACAAGACAACACUACACAGGACAACACAACAACACACUGAGGAUGACCACACGGGAAGAUGAGAAUAAUACUGCUACACUCAAUUCCCACAAAACAACUCUGAAUACUGAAGUCUGGGAGACUUGAAUGCCAGAACACAAUCACGCAUCUGUGUGUUUGUACGAUGUGAAAGUGUUGUCUCAGUGAGGACGAUUCUAAUUCCAUGGACUGUCAGCUGAACGAGAGAAGAAGUAACAGCAACAGCAAUUGCAUUUAUCCCCAUCAAUCCAUAGAAAACAGAUUGUUCCUAGUCUUUUUUUUACAUGGUCAUAAAGAGAAAUAGACAACACUUGCAUGGUCUUUAAAGCAGUUUAAGAGAAAUAGACAACACUUGCAUGGUCUUUAAAGCAGUUUAAGAGAAAUAGACAACACUUGCAUGGUCUUUAAAGCAGUUUAAGAGAAAUAGACAACACUUGCAUGGUCUUUAAAGCAGCUAAAGAGAAAUAGGCAAAGCACGUGGACUGGAAGAAACCUCUAUAAUCACAAAACCAGGGUUUGGAGUCGAAUGCUGCUCCUUUACGUGAAACCCUCUCCAUAAACAACUGGAGAUAGUGUAGGUCCCAUAGCUUUGAGUUUUCCCUGACCAUGUAACCAGACCAGGAAAAACUCUUAUAUAUCCCCUUCACCAGAGCCCUAUGCUGUGUAGUGUAGUAUGGUACAAUACAUGCAGCUCUGUUCUAAAGUAAUGUAGCUCUGGUCUAAUGUAAAGUAACUCUGGUCUAAAGUAAUGUAGCUCUGGUCUAAUGUAAAGUAACUCUGGUCUAAAGUAAUGUAGCUCUGGUCUAAUGUAAAGUAACUCUGGUCUAAAGUAAUGUAGCUCUGGUCUAAUGUAAAGUAACUCUGGUCUAAAGUAAUGUAGCUCUGGUCUAAUGUAAAGUAACUCUGGUCUAAAGUAAUGUAGCUCUGGUCUAAUGUAAAGUAACUCUGGUCUAAAGUAAUGUAGCUCUGGUCUAAUGUAAAGUAACUCUGGUCUAAAGUAAUGUAGCUCUGGUCUAAUGUAAAGUAACUCUGGUCUAAUGUAAUGCUCAACACUCAGAGUUAGCUUGGUUCUCGUUUGAGAUUUGGCCAGACAGAUUCCUGCAUUCUAGUUGAAGACGUCAGCAGCAACAGGCAUGCAGACCUCCGUGCGUUGGCUGGUUUAUUUUCCUCCUUCGUCCCCUCCUGUCAUGUGUCUGGUCUGCUAAUGGGAUGAGUAUGCUGCCUCCCAUGACCACCCAACAUCCCAACCACACCACAGCCACAAUAUAGACUCUCAGGGCUCCUAAAAUACAGCGAUUGUUUAAUCACGAGAAAAGAUGGAGAGAGAGUGAGAGAGCGAUAGAGAUGGAGAGAGAGUGAGAGCGAUAGAGAGGGAGAGAGAGGGAGAGCGAUAGAGAGGGAGAGAGAAUGAGAGAUAGAGAGAGAGAGAGAAUGAGAGCGAUAGAGAGGGAGAGAGAGUGAGAGCGAUAGAGAGGGAGAGAGAAUGAGAGCGAUAGAGAGGGAGAGAGAGUGAGAGCGAUAGAGAGGGAGAGAGAAUGAGAGAUAGAGAGAGAAUAACAUUUAAUUUACAUCUGAUGAUCUGGGACAAAUUGAAUUAAGACUGUUGUGAAGAGGGCAGAAGCAGGCCAGACAUUUAGGUCUACUGCUUUACCAUGUUCUGAAAUGCUGUUAUGCCUCACUACUGAUGAUUGUAUUACAUUUGAUGUGAUUUGUGAUAUUUUAUGUCCAUAAAAUCAAUAUAGAUGACUAUC